GGACGUGUAGUCUUUUAGAUAUAGCGCAAUAACCAAGAAGACAGCCAUCCUAGUCUUACCGCCGUGGAUGGCUCAAAUCGUACGUGGUUAUCUUUGAGGUUAAUGUGGUGUGAAAAGAUUUAUUGAAAUUUAAAAACGCAGGAGGAAGGAAAAACUUGCGAAGAAAUACAGGAGUAGGAGCUGUGGUAGACAGAGAGGCUUGUGGAUAGGUUUGCUUAUCAGACGACACACAUAAAGUACAAAUAUGAGAAAGAUGAAUUAAAUGGUUUUUAUAUAUUUUGGACUAUGUUGGCGACAGUGGUAUUGUAUUUAAAAAUGGCGCGAGUGGGAUGUAGUAAUUUGAGUUAUGGAAUAGAUAUGGAAUUAUAAAGUGAAUAGGGGAUAGGCCAUAUUGUGAAACUGGUCUCAUUUUGCACCACAGAAGUAUAUUCCUUCUUUUGUAUUUGCUGCUGUUAUGAAAAGAUGAACACAAAGGAAAUUGCAAUACGGUACUUCAGGCACCUGAAAGGGAAAAAGAAAGCAUUAAACACAGUGGAGUUCAUAACAAAUAUAAAUGAACUGAAGAGUGAAACUCAUAAUGGUUUCACUGAAGAAGAAGUUGAAAUAUUGGUUGAUGCACUUAUCAAUAUAGAGGGUCUUGCAUCUGUUAAGUUUCAAGGACUGUUGGAAUGCAUUGUGCCACAUAAAAAGGUGUCAUCUAAAGCAGCUUUAAAUUUGCUUCAGUGGAUAUUCACUUAUUUCCGUACUGCACCAAUUGGAAGUGUUAAGUCAGCAUUAGAAUGGAUUAUAGGUGAGUAAUACACUCUUGAAUCA